CAUUGUUAACUAAGAUGUCUAUCAAACGUGUGCGCCUCGCUAUUGUUCAAAAAAUUGCUCUCCUUGAUCAAAAUACUACCGGCUAAACAUCUCAAAGCCAAUUAGGUGAAUGGGCUAUGAAAGAGUUCAAUCUGGCUGAGCUUCUUCCUCAACAAGCUGUCUCGAACAUUUUGAAAAAAGCCGAUGGGUUAUACAAAAAUGUCAAUGCCGUCAAGAACAGCAAAAGCUCGACACGCCCUUGCUAUCCUAAACUUGAUAAACAUGUACGCAACUGCACUGAAGAUAUGGAUAGCAAUAGCUUACUAGUUAACCGUCAAUCUAUCUUGAAGUAUGCAAGACAGCUUGAUUUAAGCAAUUAUAGAGUCCUCGAAAGCGAGAUCACCUUCUCAGAUGGUUAGCUCACAAAGGUGCUCCAUAGAAUUGGUUUUGAGAGUAGGACUAUUCAUGGCGAAUCUUCUUCAGUCGAUGUGACU